AUUACUGACUGAUGCAGUCUCCCUCUGCGAUCUACGUUUAAGAUUGGACACGCUGUGGCCCAGUGCAAAGCUACCAGACCCAUCACAUUGUCAACACUGAUUCUUCGUCUCAGCCCCAACUACAAAACAACGCCGCAAAGCUGAUCAAUCACAAGCACCGAUAUUCGACAUACGACGGACUAAUCCAACUAUACACUUACGCAUUGGCAACGCUCACCUGCUGCUUCUACUGGGAGGGUGGUUUCUUGACCAUCUACCUAGGUAAUCACAGAGAUGCAAAUUCCUUUGCACAGCGAUCAUUACGUGUAUGAUGAAGUUUUCGCAUUUCCUUGCGAAUGGGGAAACACUUCUUUACAUGGGCCUGGAUUUCGCAAUACAAUGGCGGGUGCCUUCGAGAAUGGUAGUGGAUAUUUCGGCUUAGCCCUGCGAAGCAACCUAGUCACUGGUCACAGACGGCAGCGGCAACAACACCAGGUCUUGCGGAAUAUGGACGUAAGGGGACCUCCGGUACAGCCACAAAUAUGUCGAAGCGAUCAGAACCUGAACACAAUGUCUGGCUCGAACCAACAGGCAUAUUCGCAAAUGGCGAGCAGUCCAUUUGAGAUGAACCACCCGCGAAAUAGUCUUUUACUUGGCUCGCCAGAUACGUCGAUCGAUCUUUCCCAACAGUGGCAGACACAUCGACAGAGCACCUAUGCUUCUACCCACACCCCAUAUGGGACUCCGCAUCUCCGGAGUCAUCAGUUGCAUGGUAUCAACCACGAGUAUAACCACAGCUUGGCCAUUGACUCGCCUGUCCAUCGCGAACGAGCGCAUUACGCAUGUUCAGGGGCCCAGCAACACACCAGUAAUAUUAGAACGGUGUUGCGGCAGACGGUGAAUCCCCAAAGUAUUGCUCCAGGGCCUAAGGCUGCAUUACCUCGAUAUUCAGUUUCAUUGUACUGUCCAAAGCCCGUGGGCGAUCAGACGCACGCGAUCAAUCGCCGGCAUCUCGUGUACAGGGCAGGGCGGCCGCUCAGUCCGCAAUCAGGAUUUAUUUCAGGGGUGUCACAAUCACAACUGUUAUGUCCGAGUCUGCUGGAAGAUUGGCACAUGGUCACAACCCCAGCCGAGAGGCCUUCUGCCCAGUUGCAAUUCUCGGCAGUUCAGCAGGCCAGAAUUAUAAAGCAAGGAUGUCGCAAUAAGCUGGAACGACAGGAGAUGCAGGCGCAAGAGCAAGAGCUGGGCAAAUGGUAUAUACUCAGCACACACGAAUCUCUUCCUUACACGCCCAAGCGACAGCGGAUCGAAACGCCACACGAGUCCCCUCGAAAGCUCUCAACGGAGAAGCACAGUACAAGGCUUCAGGGUCAUGGCCAGGACAAAGUCAAAACGCAAGCUCAAGCUCAAGCUCGAACCACAGGAUCAAUCUUGCCGCCGAAAAUUUUAAACGAUGAAUUGGUGACGCCUGCGAAAAUGCCUGAGUGUCAUACAUCAAAGGGUGUUAUUCCCCUGCAGGACUACUAUAGGGCUGGAGACGCUCAGCAAGUGUCAAAGCGAGCUCCGAAGACACAAUCAAAUAGAUCAAUAAUCAAUAUCGAAGAAGAUGAGCACACAGAAAGCGUGGUUCAGCGCCCUGCUCUGACAUCAGCCGGCUCUGGUCGAACCAGCUUCGAAUCGCUAGACCAACGUAGCUCUCACGGUCGAACGCUACCUCAAUUGACUUUCGCAUCAAAUAACAUUUCUGAGUCUCUGAAGAGCCAUGAGUCUACGCAGAAUGGAAUGCAUGCAAUCGGUUUACAAUCGCCAGCACAAGUUGCUACGCCACGGGAGAAUUUCCACCAAACACCCACAUCAGACUGUCCACAGACUGCACCUGAACCUCAGACGACAUCACCUCGCCAACAGACCCGGCCGAAAAUGCAGUCGCCAAAGAAGGACAGAGCUGUGCCAAAGCAACAAACAUUACUUACACCGCCCAAACCGCGGCGAAAGCCCGCAGAGCGCAGCCGCAAAACGCCCAGCAGCCCUGUACCAAAAUCUUCAUCGGAUUACCGACCCUUGGUAGAUGCUACCGAACUCGACCUACUUGAGUUGCGAUCCACUUGUAAAACGACGCUUCGGUCUGCGAACGCGAAGCACAAUGUUACUGGUAAGCCACAAACGCCGUUCAGAUCCCGGAACAACUUACCGCAGGGAACUCAUCGCUCUUCGCGCCACUUCCAAUGCACCUGCGCAUAUCCCUUUCCCACUUGCUAUGCUCUAGACGAUCCGCUUGGCUGUCCAAAGCGGAUUGAGGCAGAACAACGCAUGACCGAGAUGAACGGAAGACAGGAUCGGUGCCUGGAAGUACGAUAUAUCGGCUCGAGAUCACCGCAGUAAGAGGCACACAGUGUAGGCUGUAUCGAGCGGCAUAUUCAGCAUUCCAAUGUCAGCUGGACGUUUCCUCGUGGAGUUUGUUUCGAAGUGUUGCGUUGGAAUUUUGCAUCAUAGUUGUCUUUCGGCGGCGGGUUUGGGAUAUGCUCCGUGGGUCACAAGCACGAACAGCUCUUGUUCAAUUUGGCCAUUUCU